AUGGCAUCAGGUGCCAAAGAGGCUCUGCAGGACAGUGGCUCUGCCACGACAGCUGGCACAAGGCAGCUGCAGCGGGCAGGGAGGCGGGAGGCAGCAGCAGACGGCCCGUGCCCCAUCUGCCUGGAUGAUGUGGACGAUGCAGCCUACAUCGACAUCUGCUUCCAUGCCUUCUGCUUUGACUGCAUCCAGCGGUGGGUUGCCUCAAGAGCUGUGUGCCCACUCUGCAGGCGGCCUUUCAACCACAUCCUGCACAUGGUAAGGGCAGGCAAUGGCUUGUCCCCCCGCCGGCAGAGGACCGCGGCCAGGCAGAGGGUGCGCAGCAGAUCCCCACAACGGCGCUACCACCUGCGCCCAAGGCCCAACAACAACGAGCGUGCUGCUGGGAGGAGGGGGCCUGUGGGGAGUGACCAAGCGGCCUGGAGGGACGCAGCUCCAGGGACCUCCAAUGCCUCCAAUGCCUCCGCCCAGCAGGCUGCAGGGGAGCGCCCAGCCAGCCCUGCCCACACACCUGUUCUCCACUUGGACACGCUGGCACUGCAAGCUCAGAUUAUUGGCUUUGUGGACAUUGAAUAA